AGUGGAUGUCAGCCCUCUUCUUCUUUUACCAGGUGAAACUCCGCUCACACGGCCUGCCCUCGAUGAACACAUCGAACCAACCCUCCGGUUCCUCCUGAAUGACGCAUGGAGCCCAGUCAGCCAGUCCGCUCAGUUCAGCUCGGCACGGUCCGGAGCAACAUGCAGGAUGGCGAGUGUGGAGACAGCCGCCGAACACGAACGGAUCCUGCGGGAGAUUGAGAGCACAGACGCCAACUGCAUCGGGCCGACCCUCCGGUCGGUGUACGAUGGCCGGGAACAUGGCCUCUUCAUGGAGAAGCUGGACGUGCGGAUCAGGAACCACGACCGAGAGAUCGAGAAGAUGUGUAACCACCACUUCCAGGGGUUCGUCGACUCCAUCACAGAGCUGCUCAAAGUACGAGGGGAGGCGCAAAAACUGAAGAGUCAGGUAACUGAGACUAACCGGCGUCUUCAGGAUGAUGGCAAACAGCUCAUGGGCUCCAUGGAGGAGCUGCAGCUGUGUCGAGUGCAACAGAGAAACAUCGCGACCACCAUAGACAAACUCGCGCACUGCUUACCAGUCCUGGAGAUGUACACCAGACUUCAGGAGCAGAUGAGGGCCAAGAGGUACUACCCCGCGCUGCGGACAUUGGAGCAGCUGGAGCACACGUGUCUUCCCAGGGCGGGUCAGUACCGCUUCUGCUCCAUUAUGGCGGAAAACAUCCCCAAACUGAGGACGCAGAUCAGGGACACGGCGAUGACGCAGCUGAGAGACUUCCUGGAGAGCAUCCGGAAACACUCUGACAAGAUAGGAGAGACCGCCAUCAAGCAGGCGCAGCUGCAGCGCUCCCUGGACAGCUCCGUCUCAACACAGCCGAGGGCCCUGAUUGGCCGACGCAGCCGAAAGGAGGCAGCGGCGGCGACGGACAGUGGCGGGCAUGGGGGCAGUCCAGUGUCGGAACAGGACUCUGGCAUACUGGAUGUGGAGGAUGAAGAUGAGGAAGAUGAAGUCCCAGGAGCUCAGGACUUGGUGGAUUUCUCUCCAGUUUACCGCUGUCUGCAUAUCUACACUGUGCUGGGUUUGCGUGAUGUGUUUGAGAACUACUACAGAAAGCAGAGGAGGAAACAGGCUCGCCUUGUGCUGCAGCCCCACUCUAACAUGCAUGAAACUCUGGAGGGAUACAGGCGGUACUUCAAUCAGAUUGUCGGCUUCUUUGUCGUGGAGGAUCACGUCCUUCACACCACACAGGGUUUGGUCAACAGAGCGUACGUGGAGGAGCUUUGGGAGUUGGCGCUGUCCAAACUCAUCGCCGCCCUGAGGACGCACUCUUCGUACUGUGACAACCCUGACCUGGUGCUGGAUCUGAAGAACCUCAUUGUCCUUUUUGCUGAUACACUGCAGGGUUAUGGUUUCCCAGUGUCGCAGCUCUUUGACAUGAUGCUGGAGAUGAGGGAGCAGUACGGAGAAAUCCUGCUCAAGAAAUGGAACAUCACCUUCAGGCAGGUGUUGGACCAGGACAACUUCAGCCCAAUCCCAGUCUCAACAGAGCAGGAGUACAAACACUACACUUCCCAGUUUCCCCUGCAAGACCCCGAACUGGACAAGCUUCCUUUUCCCAAGAAGCUUCCCUUCUCCGAGUUUGUGCCAAAGGUCUACUGCCAGCUCAAAGAGUUCAUCUACGCGUGUCUCAAGUACUGUGAAGACCUCCAUCUCAGUUCCACGGAGGUAGACGAUAUGAUCCGCAAGUCGACAAAUGUGUUGCUGACCAGAACCCUCAGCCACUGUCUGCACUACGCCAUUAAGAAGAAGAAUGUUGGGCUGGCAGAGUUGGUGCAGGUGAUCAUAAACACCACCCACCUGGAGCAGUGCUGCCAUUUCCUGGAGGAGUUCAUAUCAAACAUCACAAAUGUUCCACCUGACACAGCAAACGCCACCAAGCUGUACGGGACCUCCACCUUUAAGGACGCUCGCCAUGCGGCCGAGGAGGAGAUCUACACCAACCUGAACGCCAAGAUUGACCAGUUCCUGCAGCUGGCAGAUUACGAUUGGAUGGCCGCCGGACAGGGAGGCGGGACUCUGGAAGCCAGCGACUACCUGGUUGACCUUAUCGCUUUUCUGAAGAGCACGUUCAGUGUCUUCACCAACCUGCCGGGAACGCCCGUAGAACACGCUACCUUACCGGGUAAAGUGGCCCAGACGGCCUGCAUGUCGGCCUGUAAACACAUCUCCACCUCCCUGAUGCAGCUCCUGCUCGACCCGGAGGUCAGACAGAUCUCCGUGGGAGCGCUGCACCAGCUCAACACCGACGUCAAGGAGUGUGAGGGUUUUGCCAGAGCCGGCCCGGUCGCAGGCUUCCAGGGUGACACGUUGCUUCUGGCCUUCAGUGACUUGAGACAAUUACUGGAGCUGUUCACCCAGUGGGAUUGGACGACCUACCUGGCUGACUACGGAAAACCAACCUGUAAAUACCUGAGAGUCAACCCGCACACGGCACUCGCCCUGCUGGAGAAGAUGAGGGAGACGAGCAGAAAAAACAACGUUUUUGCCCAGUUCAGGAAGACGGACAGAGACAGACAGAAACUCAUCGACACCAUCAUCAAACAGCUACGCAACCUCAUCGCACAGCACCACGCCUAGAGCGGGCCGCCUCAUUGGCCAGCAGGCCUGAAGCCACCAUCUUCCAUUGGCUGAUUUCAACCAUUGCAGCCCUAUGAAAAGCAGACUCCCAUUGAUCUGUUUCAACCCUGCAACCAUUGGCUGAUCUAUGCACUUUAACUUCGCUGGACUCCACUGAACUGCAGCUUGUUCCUAUUGGUCAUCUUCAACGCCCAACACCAACCGGUGUAAACCUGCAGCAAGCUCAAUGGAUAACAAGGUCCUCCCCUUUGAUUUCAUUGGUUAACCCAAGCCACUGUUUUCUGGACUACCAAGCAUAACUAUUGAGGCUACAACGUGUGUUUUGACAGCUCGGGUUUCACUUCAACUUCAUCUAUGGGACUGAAACACUGGCAGGUUAUCAGGCCUCAGCUGAGCUCAUCCCAUUGGUUACUUUCUGCCCCGGAUCUAAACCAAGUAGUCUGUUUAGCUGAAGACAAGAAGAGAAAGAAGCUCUCCAUUAUCUUAUCGUCUAUUUGUGCGAUUUGUUGACCAAAAGGACAACAUUUCACCAACCUCAUCUAACCGUUUAGUUCUCAAGAUUUGUGACCUGUUGUGGAUAAACCAGAAAGUAGAGCAAAUAACAGUAGAACAGCAAUGAAUGACGUGGUACCAGUUAAGAAAAUAGCAAAAAUUGACAAGCAGUUCAGACUCUAAAAGCAAACAUUCAUAUUAAGAUGACGUGUCGAGGA